AUGGCGGUAGAUGAGGGAGUAAAGUUGGUCAUGGCGGGGUUGAGGUGUGACGAUGACAGUGACCUGAUCGGUCUCGAUGUCUGGCAAGGGGCGACAAAGAAGCUCUGCGAGUACUGCAUGAAGAACAGCAACCUCUUCAGAGGCGCGGCUGUCCUAGAGAUCGGAGCGGGGGUAGGGAUCCUUGGUAUGGUCCUCUCGAAGCUGGGGGCGAGGAGAGUGUACAUCUCUGACUAUGAUGAGGUUGUGCUGGAGGUUAUUCGAGCUAACAUCCAGCUGAACGGUCUUGACGGGAAGUGUGUGGAAUGCAAACUGGACUGGAGCAACGACGAACACUUCGACGCCUUCGGGAGAGGCUCCGACGUGAGCAUCAUCGUGGGAAGCGACCUGCUGUACUCCUCGCACAUGGCCAAACUCUUGCACUCGGCGGUUCGAAGACUCUUUGAGGUACUCCCUCAUGCUGUGUUCAUCAUGUCGCACAAGAAGAGGUGA